GUCAAGAAUCAUAAACAAAACGCGCAAACGUUUUCCAAAGCGAAUUAUUUUUUGAUAAAAGUUCUUCAAGUUAAUUAUUUACCGCAACCAUCCCAAAGAGCUACCACGACCAUGUCCGGGCUGGAAUCGUACGUGAACAACACGGUAUCGAUCAUCACCGCCGACGGGCGCAAUUUCGUCGGAACGUUGAAGGGAUUCGACCAAACCGUAAACAUCAUCCUGGACGAAUCGCACGAGCGGGUCUACUCGAUGACGGCCGGCAUCGAGCAGGUCGUGCUGGGGCUGCACAUCAUCCGGGGGGACAAUGUGGCCAUCAUCGGGCAGCUGGACGAGAGCGUGGACAGCAAGCUGGACUUUUCCAGCAUCCGGGGCAUGCCGCUGGAGCCGGUCGUGCACUAAUUUAACAUGGAUUAUUAUUUAAAAAUGAGAGGAUUCUUUUUUGUGUGUA